AGGUGUAGAGUUUCUUCUCAGAGGAGACUCCAUCCCAACUGAUGGCAGUGGACAUCUUCUGAUAACUGAUAUCAGUCUCCACAAAGGACAGAAUAGUACUAGUGAUGAGGAUGCUCUCUUCUGUCACUCAACUAAAGAUGUUACAAUAAUCCGUGAAAUAGACAUUGGUGACUGGUAUCUAGAGCCAUACUUUGAAACUACCACUGCCCAUGGAAAGAAAAUUGAUGGUGACAGUGAUUGUGGCUGGACCAGGAACAGAGAAUAUUCUGUUAAUGUAAGCGGCAUUUUCUAUCGACUAGUGAGACUGAAGCGAGUGUCGAAGACUGCUGUGGAGGGGAAAUUCACAUGUCAUAUUCCCAGAGAUAGCAACAACAACAGGUCUCUUCUCAUACUCUACCCUAUCCUGUCAGUGGAGACAGUCAUUGAGGUGAUGACUGAAGAUCGAUUCAGAGUCCACUGUAUCUCCACUGGUGUAAUAUACUGGCAGUUGGCACUCAGAGAUGGAUGGGUAAUGAUAGCUACUCUGGUGUCACUGGGACACUAGAAGGUGCAGAUAAUGGAGACACUUACAACUGUACUGCAUCUAAUGGAGUAUCAUCUGCAACUGACAGUAUUGUAAUAGGAGCUGUCAGUAAACCAGUGAUAGAGUCACUAGAGAGGGUCUCCCCCACUGUUGUGAGGGUGGAGUGGAGUCAGCCACCAGGAAGGGCCGCAGUAACUGGCUAUGUGGUGUUCUACUAUGAUGGUAGUGUUACCAGGAAUAAGAGGGUACCCUCCACUAGUACUGAGAUCACAGUUAGCUCUGCUACAUUAAUUUAUGUCAUCUCCGUGAUGGCUCUCUCAGAGGAGCGAUUCCUCCCUCGAAGGAGUGCCUGGGAGACUAUCACACUGUGGAGUCCAGAAGGUGUGGUGGUUGAUGGCUCGGAGAACACCUCAGUCAGAGUGUCCUGGGAGGCAGUGGAGGAUGCUGACUACUACACAGUCUCAUUCAGUGCAGCAGUGGGAGAUGAUCAGGAGGGACUGUGUAGAGAUGAUUCUCAUUCUGCUAAUGUGACAGUAGUUGAUGUCCCCACUGCCAAUAUUACUGUGGGGGAAGAUGUAGGAUCAAAUGACACCUCCUCGUUAAGAGCAUACACCACAUACUCAGUCACUGUGGUAGCAUUCAGUGACAAGUGGGGCAAAACUGUGGGGAGUGAAGCUACCAGAUUGACUACGCUUCAGAGAGGAAGUGCAGCAGUUCCUGGCAGAGUCACAGUCAGUUCUCUUAGCUCCACAGUCAUCUCAGUCCAGUGGAGUGGCCUCUCUCCAUGUAGACUUGUCAAUGGUGUCAUUGUAAGGUACAGAGUACAGUACAGGGCCAAGUCCAGUGGACUGGUAGCUGGAGUAAAGAAGUGACUGGAAACUGGAGCUCAGGAGCAGAGACUGAACUGAGUGGGCUCACUUCCUCCACCAACUACUCCAUUGCAGUAGCUGCAGUCAAUGAACAGGGAGAUGUGGGUGUCUACAGUCAUCCUGUCACUGUGAGGACACUGCCAGGUUCAACAAGUAAAGAGUCAAGGAAUUCUGUUAUUAUCGGUGCUACCAUGGCAUGUAUUGGAAUAGUAUUGGGAUUUAGUGGAGCUGUCACUGGAUGCCUUUUCUAUAACAGGUCAUCACUAUCAAAGCAACGAGUUAACACCAAAGUGAACACAGAGGAUAAUCAAGCAUAUGGUGUGCACGAAACACCAAAUCCUAAUGAGUCAUCAACAGAGGAGACAAAAGACGAGUAGUUUGCACUAUCACUAGAGCAGAUAGCUAUACCUUUAUAGCGUGCUGACAGUAUGUAGCUGUGAGUGUGUAGUCUUAAUUUUCAGUGUUUUAAUACAGUGAAUUUACAGUGAGUUAACUCACUUCCAUUUACACACG